UUCCAUGUAAUCAGGCAUCAUUUCUGUAAGUUCAUAAAAUCCAACUGCAUGCUGUGCGAGGAUCAAAUUGAGAGUUGUCACGGGACCAUCUCAGGAAUUUUUUGGUGAUUGAACAGAGUGAGCAUUCUACUACAAUACAAACUCUGAGAGGAUGGCUGAUAAAAAUGUGGUCCUUGGUGUUUACAUCUUUGCCUUUGUGACUGGACUCCCAUCCAACCUCCUGGCCUGCUAUUCAUUCCUGAAGAAAGUGACCAAGAAGCCAGUACCCAUUGACAUCCUUCUGCUCAAUUUGACCAUAUCCGACCUCUUCCUUCUAAUCAUUUUGCCUGUCAAGAUGGCAGAGAUUGCCUUAGACAACACUUGGCCUCUCCCUGACUUUCUUUGCCCAGUGGCCAACUUCAUCUUCUACAGCAGCAUCUACCUCAGCACCCUCUUCCUCAUGGGAGUCAGCGUGGAGCGCUAUCUAUGCAUUGCCCACCCUGUCAAGCACAAGUUAAACCGCAGGCCAACCUAUGCAAAAAUGGCCAGCCUCUUCAUUUGGUUUCUAGCCUGCUCCCACUGCUUAAGUAUUGUCUAUGGGGUAGAAUACUCUGACAGGACUGCAAAGAAAAGUGGCUCCAACGGAACGUGUUAUGACAAAUUCACUGAAAAGCAGCUAAGAAUCGUCCUCCCUUUCCGGCUAGAGUUCUGCAUUGUCCUCUUCUUCAUCCCUUUUAUCAUUACCCUUUUCUGUUACAUCAGUGUGAUCCGGAUCCUGACCUCCAUGCCUAACAUCAAACCCCAGAAGAAGCAAAGGGCUGUGGCCUUAGCCUUGGCCACUGUUCUUAACUUCUCCCUGGCGUUUGCUCCCUACAAUAUAUCCCACAUUGUGGGUUUUAUUGAAGGUAAGAAUCCUGACUGGAGAGUGGAGACCUUUUUUCUCACUUCCCUCAACACCACCCUGGACCCUGUGAUCUUCUUCUUCUCUUCUGCCACUAUCCGUCGAACCUUUACUGACUUCUGGCUCCGCAUAUGUUCAAGUAUUAGGUCUCCAUGUUGUCGGGUUUGUUGCAAGGCUCCAAAUGCAGAAACUAAAGAUGAAGAAGCUGGUCGGGCAUCUGUCUCAAAUAUGCUGGCUGGGUCCAGCACACCUACUCCUUAUACAAGAUCUGGGAUAUCUGAGACUUAAUUCCUCCAUAAAAUGUCCCAGAAACAAUGCAAGAUAUCUGGAGUCCAAAGCAACAUUAAGGGCUUUGAGAUCUAUGUUGUGGUCUGUUAGUAGAACCCUGGAACCCACUAUUUAGAGACAGACACUCUCUUAAUAUUAAAGAACUGUUUUAGCUAGGCAUAUGUUUUCAGUGUCAAAACUGAGGACACUUCCAGGCAGCACCGAAUCACAGGGGCAAAAAAUCCUGGGACUUCAGAAGAGGUCCACAUACAGACCUGUUGGUCUUGGGAUUUCUUCCUCAGUUGAUCAGACUUGAUGCUUUGCUGUGAGAUUUAGAGGCUCCCAAGAUGGCCACUGUGGGACUUCCACCAGGAACCUUGGCAGGUUUUAAAAAAACCCAAAAAAAACCCCCCAAGAUUCAAAUAUUCGGAUACGUGGAGGUCUGGAUAUGCGGAUAAUUGCAAAGCUCCACUGUGCCCCCCACAUGUUUCAUGAACUUUCUGACACACAAAGUUUUUGCCUUCUACUCAAGUGUCAUCUUUUUAGGAACCGACCAAUCAGGAAAAAAUCUAGAUAAAAAAUCCCAUGAUUUCCAUAUAUUUAUUAUGACUGGAAAGUAUUGCUUUUUAUGAUGUACAAAAACUGGUGAUCCAGAGAAACAGGGGACCCUUGAUUCUAAUGCAGGAAUAUACAGAUAUUCGAAGAUGUGGAUAUUUGGCUCAAAACUGCGAUAUUCCCGCAUCUGGAACUCUUGCGUUUUUUGCCUUUUGUAGCGAUUGCUUUUGUGUUUGCAGGGAACGGCGUCUGGCCACCCUCCUGUUUGCUGUGGAAGCUUCUGGGAUAAAGAUACUGUCUAAAUGAGCUUUGAGUAGCACUCUCAGUUUUUCCUUACUGGGAUCUACUGCUUCAGAAUUUCUGUGAUAUAAUAAGAAUGAAAAGAUUUCUUGCUAUGAGAGAUAUUUUUAAACUAUUGUGCAUCCAAAAGCCCAUCUAAUCUUCUGCAGUUCAUCAAAGGAUAUACCAGUGUUUAACCAAUCUGCUUUUUGUUCAUCUUUGCUCAAGAGCACACUUGAAAGAAACUGUCAAACAAACAUUCAAAUCCGAGAGCUGCCUAAUGUACUGAUUUCUCUAUGUAAAUGUAACAUUUGAAAACAUGCAUUGAAUGAGAAAUCUGGCUCCUGUUGCCUUGAAUGACUAGUAAUUCUCUGGAGUCUUUUUACAGUCAACAAAGAGAAGAUUGUAUCUGUCAGGGGGUUUCUUCCUUUAAAGAACUCUUUCCAUGUUAGUCUGUUUGCCAAGGAUCCCUUACAAACUGGAAGGAAGAUCCUGUGGGUGGUGUUAUGCUGUGAACACAAUACUUAUUCAGAUAAAUCACUUGCCAGGUCUAACUGGUCUUCAACAAAACUGAGUGUGCAUGCCAUAGAAUAGCUCACAAUACUGGACACGUCUCAUUUGUAAAAGCCGUCUCUCCAUCUCUUCCCAUAUCUUUUAAGAAAUAUUGAAAAGUUAAAAUCCCUGAAUGAGAAGACAGGAAAGUUUGGAGAAGAUAAUGAUGCUGGGGAAAAUGGGAGGUAAAAGGAAGAGGGGCCGACCAAGGGCAAGAUGAAUGGAUGGUAUCCUUGAAGUGACUGGAUUGACCUUGAAGGAGCUGGGGGAUGGUCCAGGAGGUCACAAAGAGUCAGAAGUGACUGAACGAAUAAACAACAACAACAACAACAACAAUCCCUGGAAACUUUAUUAGCUAAUUUCUGCAGAACAAGCUACUGUGUUAUAUCAACUUGUUUUGAGUCAGUUGGGCAAAUUGGGAAAGGCUCAAUGGCCAUUUUUUUUAGGACUCUCUGAUCAGUCCCAACAUUUCUUAAACCAAAUUCAGCAUCGGAUUUUUUACUUCCUGUGGCCAAACAGAGCACACAUAGAUCUGUUGGCUUGAGAGAGUUGGAUCAGGCAGAGACACAUAUUCAGUUGGAGAAGUCCCCAGUGGUGCAAUAGGUUAAUCCUUUGUGCCAGCAGGUCGGAGGUUCGAAUCCAGGGAGAGCGCAGAUGAGCUCCCUCUGUCAGCUCUGGCACCCUUUUCAGGCAUAUGAGAGAAGCCUCCCACAAGGAUGAUAAAAUAUCAAAAAUACCCAAGCAUCCCUUGAGCAACGUCCUUGCAGAUGGCCAAUUCUCUCACACCAGAAUGACUUGCAGUUUUUCAAGUCACUUCAGACAUGAAAAAAAGUGGAAGAAAAACGUCCAUGGGGCAGGGGAUAGAUGACCAAGAAGCCCGGACUAUGACCUUGUUUGUAGUAUUUUAACAGCAAUGUGAAUUAUUACAAUGUGUUAUAUAUAUUGUUAUUAUUUUCAUAAGCUAUUGCUCAUUUGUUUUGUAAAUGAAAGCUGUGUGAGAGAGUGUUUAGAGGAAAACAGUAAUUAAAGUGAACCAUGAAGUUCAUAGGUGAUUUCAAGUCAGCUCUCUUCGCCCACACUUCUUCACAGGGGUGGUGUGUAGUACAAUAUGUGCCUGUAUGAUAUGAGAUAGAGAGACCUGCACUUCCCUUGAGAUGUGAUAAAGACAUUAAUAAAGAAUUAAACAAAAACAAAUGUCAAAAAUGCCUAAGACUGCAUUAAUCCAAUGAUAAGGUUCUCAGGAUAUGAAGGUCUCCUUUUCCAUCAGUGGUUGGCUUGUGAGAAAGCUUUUGGCCUAAGAGUUACAAUUUCUGCCUCUUAUUGGCUUUGUACCAGAAGCCAUUGAAAUCCACAAGCAUGUGGACAAUUUCAACAGAAAGGAGGAAACCAUGAAAAUGAACAAAAUCUGGCUACCAGUAUUUAAAAAACUCGAAAAUCAGAACAGUAAAUAAAGAGCAACAUGCAAAAAAGCAGGGAAAUUCCAGACAAGAAUCAAUCAGGGCUAGCUAGCACCUCCCAACAAAGGGUUCCCCCAGGCAGCGACCAGUCUGGCAUUGAAGCCACAAGGCCAUUUAAUGCUAAUCAAGGUGGCCGUUUGCAACAUUCACACCUGCCUCAAGCAGACAAGAGUUAUUUCUCCACCCUGGACAUUCCACAGAUAUAUAAACCUCACUUGCCUAGUUUCCAACAGAUCCCUCAAUCUCUGAGGAUGCCUGCGAUAAAUGUGGGCGAAACGUCAGGAGAGAAUGCUUCUGGAACAUGGCCUUACAGCCUGGAAAACUUGCAGCAACCCAGUGAUUCUGGCCAUGAAAGCCUUCAGCAACACAUACUCUCUUGAUGGUUUUGUAUAUGAGAUGAGUACUUUGAAUGGUUACUGUCUUUAGUAAAUGGAGU